AGAGGAAGAAAGUAACAGAAGCGAUUUUCCCUGUUAAAUCUCUGUAUGUAUGGCGUUUUCUCGCACUUUCCCAUAUUUUACCAUAAGGUUUUCUCACCGUGUGUGAUUGCCAUUACAGUUUUGAGUUUUCUCUUUCACCAUCAUUUUCCUGCGAUUCUCCGUACGGUACUUUUCCGUCUUUUUCUCGCUUCCCAAACAGUGAGAGACAAUGACGAGCCAAAAAGCGAGAAAAACAUUGACGUCUUUGUCCUUUUGGCGUCUUCCUCGUCAAAACUAAGCCCUAGCUUUUCUCGCCAUUUCUGUAAUUUUCCAUCUCUCCGAAAACAUGGACCAGUCCGGCAAUGGAGCUAUGGGAUCUAAUCGGAGGAGGAGAAGUUACAGCGCAGAUCACCAGAUCGACCAGAACAAUCGCCCGAUGAACCGCCGGAGAACUAGCAUAACAAACAGCGCCGGUAACGGUAACGGCGCCGCUGGAGAAGUUCAAAACGGAGACGAUGAACUGUUUCUCUCUCUUUCAUUGAGCUUAGGUCCUGUGCCGCCGAUGACAUCAUCUCAGCCACCACCGAUGGUUUCUUCACCCUUCCUAGUGGCGUCAUCUCCCGUGCAACCUCCGCCUUUCAUGACGUCACAACUUUCAUCUCCGUUGCUGACGUUUUUCUUCCCUUCUCCGCAGCCGCCGGAGGACGAUGUCUUCUCCCCGCGCAAUGAUUGCCAGUCGGCUUUCCUCCCUCUUCCGCGGGAUCCGGUGACAAACUCCGCUGGCAAGCCUCUCCGGAAUUCCACAGACUCUCAGUUAACGGCGGGGGAGAGGGCAACGGUGCCGCCACCGUACCUUUGGGCAACGAAUCAACGAGGGAGAAUUCACAGCUUGGAGUACCUCGAGUCGAAGCAGAUCACCGCCAUAACCGGAGACGUACAGUGCAAACAGUGCGAGAAAAUUUACCAAAUAAGCUACGAUCUGAGGGAGAAAUUCACGGAGGUGGAGAAAUUCGUCGAAGAGAACAAGGAGAGCCUGAGGGAGCGAGCUCCGGCGACAUGGAUGAACCCAGUGGCGAUGAGAUGUGAGCUAUGCGGACGAGAAAAGGCGGUGAAGCCAGUGAUGAGUGAGCGGAAGAGGAAAAUCAAUUGGUUGUUCUUGCUUCUGGGUAAACAUCUGGGCUAUUGUACACUGGAGCAGCUCAAGUAUUUCUGCAAACACUCGAACAAUCAUCGCACUGGUGCGAAGGAUCGUGUGCUUUAUCUGACAUAUCUUGGUCUCUGCAAAAUGCUCAAACCGUGUGAGCUCUUUGAUCGGUAAGUGGUUUUUAUCGAUUCGUACGUAGCGUGGCAGCUUUUUCAUCAUCGUGAUCAAUAU